GAGAGCGAACGAGAGAGCGAGAGAGCGAGCAGCACACACACACAGAGUGAGAGCGAGAGGGAGAGAGAGCGAACGAGAGAGCGAGUAGCAGACACACACAGAGUGAGAGAGAGGUGGGGAGAGAGCGAACGAGAGAGCGAGUAGCAGACACACACAGAGUGGGAGCGAGAGGGAGAGAGAGCGAACGAGAGAGCGAGCAGCACACAGAAUAGGAGAGGGGGGGGGUAGCGAGCCACAGACACGGAGAGAGAGAGAGCGCGCACAAGCGCCGAGCUGCCGACAUCCACCGUCACCGCCGCGGUUGUGAAGCUCUUCCCGCCGUCAUGAACCCCCCGUGCGCGAGAUGCGACAAGAUCGUGUACCCGACGGAGAAAGUGAGCUGCCUGGACAAGGUGUGGCACAAAGCGUGUUUCCACUGCGAGGUCUGCAAGAUGACGCUGCAAAUGAAAAACUACAAGGGCUACGACAAGAAGCCUUACUGCAGCGCGCACUACCCCAAACAGACGUUCACCACGGUGGCGGACACCCCCGAGAACCUGAGACUCAAGCAGCAGAGCGAACUACAGAGCCAGGUGAAAUACAAGGAGGACUUCGAGAAGAGCCGGGGAAAGGCGUUCAGCCUCGUGCCAGACACUCCCGAGCUGCGGCGCAUGAAGAAGGCGCAGGAGCAGAUAAGCAACGUGAAGUACCAGGACGCGGGGGUGGUGCCAGUGGGGGCCGCCGCGCCUGACCGCCCCGCGGGGGGCCGUGCUAUCCCUGGGGGUCGCCACGCCGGCUACCCCCAGCUGGGGAAAGCGGCCGUGGGGGGCGGUCAGGCGAGACAGACAAGCGCGGCCCCCCAACAGGGAACGCUACCCCCCAUGACGGCCCCCCACCCGCUCCACCACCGCCCCUCGGUGGACGGCACGUUCCGCGCGCUCUACGACUACGUGGCUGCGGACGAGGACGAGCUGAGCUUCGCCGAGGGGGAGCUCUUCUGCAACGUGCAGCGGAUCGACGACGGCUGGCUCUACGGCACGGUGGCACGCACCGGAGCCACCGGCAUGCUGCCCGCCAACUACGUGGAGCGCACCUGAGCUUCCGCACCCCCCCACCCCCCCCCCCCCGCCCUGGUGAACCUGUGUGAUAGCUCGAGUGAACCUGGCCCGGGUGAGCGCACGAGUGAGUCUGUGCUCACCCGGGUGAGAUCACGAGUGAGUCUGUGCUCACCCAGGUGAGAUCACGAGUGAGCCUGUGCUCACCCGGGUGAGCCUGUGCUCACCCGGGUGAGCGCACGAGUGAGUCUGUGCUCACCCGGGUGAGAUCACGAGUGAUCCUCUGCUCACCUGUGAGCCCGAGUGACCCUGUGAGCGUGAGUGAAUCUGUGCUCACGUGAGUGAAGCUGGGCUUGAACUGAGAUCACCGGAGAUCACGUGAGGUCACGUGAGGUCACCUGAGUGAACCUGGGUUCAUCCCAGUGAUGCUGAGCUCACCUGGGCUCACUUAACUGAUCUCACCUGAGCUCACCUGAACACGUGAGCUCACCUGAGCUCACCUGAGGUCAUGCGUUGAGCGGCGGCUUCUUCCUCACGUGACCUUGCCUAAACGUAACAGUGGCGCUCCUCGACACGUUCCAGGUGAUGUUGUCCGUCUCCCAUAAUGCACCUCAGCAGCCUCAGUUAUGAUACGACAGAAACCUCCGGCCGUUCUCAAUUCCCCACGAUGGUGCAUUGAGAACGGGUGUCACUCCGCUCCAUGUCGGUCGCGGUGGAUCGAUUGACUGUAGUUCACCACGCUGGUCAGUGCCGAUUCGUGGAAAGGGGCACACAUGACCCGUUCAGAAGGGUUUGCUGCACUCGCUCAAUUGUUGCCCCAGUAGACUGCCUUCCUGUUCUCAUGCCAGUUGCAAAUCAUCAACUUUCUGGCGACAUCUCUCAAGACACCAGAGUGUGUGAAGUGCGAUCUUUGACGCCGGGUCCGGAUCCAAGCGAUCAGUCGUGCCAAUCAGAAUCUGUCCAGAAAGCGUGCCACUUUAAUAAUCGCCCGCGACUCCUUUGUCCACAUCGGAGCGAGCAGUUGCGCAUUGAGGAAGUUGUACGUAUGCAUGUUGAUCUUCUUUCUCACCGUACGUCGCCAAACGGUGCGAAUCGAAGGUGAGGGGGUAAGGACCACAAAGGUAAAAUGGUACGUUCAGGAUUGUAACCGCCAAUCACAGUAGCUCGCCAACGCAUGGCACGUGAUUAAAUACGCCGCUAAAAACAUCGCCGAGCAGAUCGACGCUUGGGCGACUGGUUGCAACUGGUUGCCGAGACGUCCUCACACAAGCAAUUCAGUUGCAUGCAUUGCAACCAAGUUGCUCAACCGAUCGCUCAGGUGAGGAGCCGGCUUGCAUUGGAGUCGACCUCUGUGACCUGGCUGCCAUGGAGAUGGGACAUUGCUCAAGUUGUUUGUUUAAAAAUGUCCUCUUUCAUUUGUGCUUAUACCAAUGCCAUUUUCGUUUUUAAUCUUCAGGCAACAGGAGACAGGAGUUUGGGAGGGAGGUGGGUGGGUGCACAACAAUAACAUUGACUUAUCCAGGGGAAGCCUCGUAUGUAUGUUGAACUUCUUUCGCACCGUACGUAGCCAACUGUGAUAAUCGGAAAUGGGGGGAAGGACAGCAAACCAAACACACACACAUCAGCUCUAAAGAAAUGGGUUUUCAAUCGAGAUGAUUUAACAGCGCACAGCUCCGGUGGCUUCCGAUUAUAAUCGAACAAAAGAGCGUUCCAAUCCUCGCUGAAUCUCAAGACAUAUUUUCAGGAGGAUCCUGCCACAGUCGGGGAUGUUGAUCCCAUUGCACGUGGGAGGAAGCCUGCAACGUGCAUGGGGACAGCACUCACACGUGCACACAAACAGCUUCACAAAGAUCCCACUUGCUGUGCUGCCACCGCCUGUCCCAAGAGGGUUGGGCGGGGUGGGGUGCCGGUUGCGAUAUUUGUUCAAUAGGCAUGCAACAUUGAUUGCAUCGAUUAAAAUUGAUUCUUGCGCUUAAAGGAAUGCGCGUCGAGAAUGAAACUCGGGUCGCCGGGUUCACGACGCAGCGACGAGUUGACCCGUUUCGUCCACCCCCCCCCCCCCCCCACUAUCACCGCCCCCACCCUCUGCUUAUUUAUUUAUCAAUUAAAGUGGAGUCGCUCUGCUCGCGGGGAGAUUUACACGGGCGAGAGGCAAUUCGUGGCUUCAAUUGACGCGCGAAUUAAGCGGAUAAUUUAUUUUGCCGGCGGCGGUGAUAGCGGCGGUGCGUGGCCUGUGACUCGAGCGGCGAUGUGACGGGGGCGGAGGGGGGGGUUAGUGAAUCAUGCAAACGAACACGGUGUAACGUGCCCCUCUUUAUAUUUUGCCCAGGAGAUGGAUGUACAGCAAGUAGGUUGGACGAAGCGGUGGCUAAAUGUAUUCGGCACGGGGGUGGGUGUGCUAGACGUGAAGAGAAAAUAAAUGCCUUUUGGGUGAGGAGCACACCAUUACCUGGAAUGAAGGAGGGGGGGGGCGAGCGUGGAUGGGUGGGUAUAUGUGUGUGUGUGGUGGGGGGGGGGGUACAGGCGGUAUUUAAAGUUUACUUGGUUUCGCCCAAUUCGCAUUCGCCAAAAACACAAACCGCAAUUCGGGCGUGAUUCACGAGCGGUAAGUUUGUGCUGAGCAAAGACGAGACAGAGUUAGUGGGGGAGGGGGGGGGCGCUUUACGAACGCCUUGAUCCCAACAAACGUCGUCUUUGGCCAUAACAAGACUCGCGGCGAGUUUUCGUUUAAACAAAAUAAAAAAAGUGGGACGCACGAACGGACGGACGGACGAAAUGCGACAAAUGAGCGUUGUUGGCCAACUAAGAUGUGAAGCUGCGCACACGCGGCGCUGCACUCUCGCUGCGCCGUCGUCGGCGGGUGAACGACGAAGUAGGAAAAAAAACACAAACACAAACAAACACACAAAAAAGCACAAAAUCUGCGGGAACAACACACACACAAAGGAGUAGGCGGCAAGUCGUCCGGGGUUGCUCCUGCAGGCAGAUUCCUGGCGGGAUGUGCACGGGCGUCAAUGUGCGGGGACUGCCGACGCUUCAAUGCGUGCGAUCGUGGCGUCGAGAGGGGCAGGGAGGGUCUCGCAGCCGAUGGCUUCACGUCGGCUCUUCGUGGGUCAGUAGAGAGGUGUUGCUCGUCUGAGCAAAAAAAAUAAACAUUAAAGUAGCGUUUGUAACUAAAAAUAAGCAAAAAAUACAAAUAAAAAGGCUAUAGUGAGUAGAAGAUGCAAAUCUUCCCCGUGUCCUUUUAGACUCGUCAUUUUGCACCAGGUCACGCACGCGUGCGGUCACAAUGCACACACACAUACACAAAGACAAAUAUCCCCCGUAUAGCCUUAACAGACUGUAGGGGAAAGUGCUGUUAGCGAGCACCUAUGAACGCCGGAACGGUACAAAAGGGGGUGGGUGGCCAGCACCACGCUCGGCCGCCUUUGUCUCCCCAGUGGCGAUGUUUACACCGCACCGGAUACUCAUUUGAGGCUGAGUCGACCUAGGGGAGGCCCAGGACCGGUUCAGAUAAUCGUCACUGGUGUUGGCCGUGAGCGGGAAUCGAACUCGGCUCGCCGGUUUAUAGCGCAGAGCGCCAACCGCUACACCACCACUCCCCACUACACAACAACAACAACAACCGCCAUUCGCCACUAAGUGGCGGUGACGUCACCACGAUGCUUGUGCCAGGCCAAGUGCACCUUGAGGCCACGUGAAGUGUCGAACGCCCGCUGGCAGGAGGUCACGGGGCAGACCCAGGUGCCACGGGUCGACUGACCGAGAUGACCGAGAUGACUGGCUGAUGCACCACCUGUGCCCCCUACUGUGCCAACUUGCUGUGCUUUAGCCACCCGGCGCUCCGCUCGUUGUUGUGAGCGUCGCUCCUCCGCCCUCCGUUGUUGUUGGAGGGCGACUGCCUCCAACUGCCCAGUA